AUGAAAAUCCGUGGCUUGGCUCAGGCCAGCUUAGAUUUGCUGGAGCCCCAGAUAGCUGAAAAUGCCAGGGAUGAGACGCUAGCAGUGUUCACAACACUUCGGUACGACCGAAGAUUGACAGAACUCACUCGAAGAAUACCUAUUGCAAUGGAGGACUCUUACAACGAUACGUUCUUCCUUGCUCGGUUGCAUUACCAGCGUCUGAAGUACAGCUCGCAGUUAUUUCAGUGGCCCGAGCUCAAAUAUCAUCAAUUUUGCAAUGCCUUGGACGAAGCCGUGGCCGACUUCAAAGAGAGCACCGCCCGUAUCCGGGUAGAGUACAAUGCUCAGGGAGUGCUUCGGACGGUUGUUUCGCCAGUUCCCCAAAGAGACAACCUGUUUAGCGGGUUGUCUGAUACACCUGUUGAGACUGAGUCGCAGGACCCUAUAUUCGAUGCUGUUCUGGACACCGAACAGACCCCUACAUCACUGUUCUCUUUCAUCAAAACCAACAAACGGGCAUUUUAUGAUGAAGCACGCGCUCGUCAUAAUAUCGCCUUGGGCGCUACCAAAGAAGUGCUUCUCUUUAACGAAAAGGAUGAAAUCACUGAAGGAUCUAUUAGCUCUGUUGCUGUUCUUAUCGAUGGCCAGUGGGUCACGCCCCCUGCUGAGGAAACCAUGAACGGUGUCCUUCGUAGCUUCUUGAUCAAUUUGGGCUUCGUUAAAGAAGGCCCCAUUCACAAAUCACUCGUCAAGCCAGGCGUCAAUGUGCUCCUAUUCAACGGUGUUAUUGGCGUUGUCAAGGGCAUCGUCAAAGCGCCUUGA